UCGAAUUCCCGCCCCCCCCCUUCUCCCGUGCCCGAGCCACGAGUUCCGCGAGUGAAGGGUUGAGUCCGGGGACUGUCUCCUGCAGCACCCUGCUGCGCGCUGUCGCUGUCCUGGUCCCCUCCGGGUCCCUGCAGCUUCAGACAUCUUUAAAGAGCCAUGUGAGAAAUCUGUCUUCAUUUUCUCCAGUUAAACCAGAAUAUUAUUUUCCUCCUGUUUCAUGAUUGCAGAACAAGUACUCUAUUAAUGGUGGUGCUCCAUCUCCAGGAUCUUUCUGUCUUUGACCUCCAUGCAGUAUGUGCCUAGAAGUGGGAUCACUGGGUCAAAGGGUUCAUCAUGAAUACUUUCUUUGAGAAAAAACUCUGAAGGUACUAGAUAUGGCAAUGUUUCACAGAGCAGAAGAAGAAUUCUGCUCAAAGAUGAGUGACAAUACAAUGAAUGAGAUGGACACAUCAGAUACUCAAUGGGGCUGGUUUUAUUUGGCAGAAUGUGGGAAGUGGCAUAUGUUUCAGCCUGACACCAACAUUCAGUGUUCAGUUAGCAGUGAAGAUAUUGAAAGAAGCUUCAAAGAAAACCCUGGUGGCUCCAUUUCUUUUACUACUUCCAAAUACAGCUACAAGCUAGACUUUUCAGUAAUGAAGCAAAUGAAUCUGACGACUGGAAAACAGCGCUCAAUAAAAAGAGCCCCCUUUUCAAUCACUGCAUUCAGUUAUAUCUGUGAAAAUGAGGCUAUUCCUGUGCCAUCCCAUUGGGAGAAUGUGAAUACUGAAGAGCCAUAUCAGCUUAUUCCUUUGCACAAGCAAACAAAUGAAUAUAAUGAAGUUGCUAGUCUCUUUGGGAAAACAGUGGAUAGCAACCGAAUUAAAAGAAUUCAGAGAAUUCAAAACCUAGACUUGUGGGAGUUUUUUUGCAGGAAGAAGGCUCAGCUCAAGAAGAAGAGGGGUGUGCCUAAGAUUAAUGAACAAAUGUUAUUUCAUGGUACCAGCAGUGAAUUUGUAGAAGCAAUUUGUAUUCAUAACUUUGAUUGGAGGAUAAAUGGUAUCCAUGCUGCUGUUUUUGGAAAAGGGACCUAUUUUGCCAGAGAUGCUGCAUAUUCCAGUCGCUUCUGCAAAGACGACAUGAAGCACGGGACUACUUUCCAAAUUCAUGGUGUCAGCUUGCAGCAGCGACAUUUAUUUAGAACAUAUAAAUCUAUGUUUCUUGCUCGAGUCUUAAUUGGAGAUUAUAUAAAUGGAGACUCCAAAUACAUGCGGCCUCCUUCCAAAGAUGGGAGCUUUGUGAAUUUAUAUGACAGCUGUGUAGAUAAUACCUGGAAUCCAAAGAUCUUUGUUGUUUUUGACGCCAAUCAGAUCUAUCCUGAGUAUUUAAUAGAGUUUCAUUGAUCUUUCGUCUUAAUUAGUAAUUAUGGAUGGUUUUUGCCUCUUUGCGAAAGGAAUUGAUACAUCUGUUAUCCAGCCCCUAAAUGUUUAGUAAUCUCACCAACUUUUGAAACAGAUGUGAAGGAAGAGUGGCUUCUACCUUAAAGGACACACUGGUCUUUAUUUAUUUCUUCCAAAGGACUAGUUAGUAAAUAAAUUAUACUGCUGCCUUUUUAAGAAGUAAGGUAGCAAAGAAGCUUAUUCAGAGCUGACAUAACUGAGUCUCACUUAACAUAAGCAUUCAAAAGUUUUGAAAGUUUGCUUGUCUGUUAACAGAAUGUGGUUUUUCGAUUUAAAGACUAAAGAAUUCCUAUGUUAAGUCUUGGGGGGGAGGGGAUAUAGAUCUUGGUGUAAAUGUACUAUGCUGCAAUUUCCAAACUUUUGUAAGAAGUUGCCCUUUGUAAUAGAAUUCUUAUGUUGUGUUGCUUUGUGGGUUUUCUGGAGAGUGAAAUUUCAAACUCUGCAGAUGAGAACUAGCCACAAAGCUAUCAUAAGAGCUGAUAGGACAAAGCCAAGGUAUAGUCCACUGUUUCAGAUUUCCUUGGGAAAGUAUGCUGCAGGGCCCAGACUUGUUCACAUCAUUCAGUGCUCUCUUUUCCAGCUGAAUUGGCAAAGACUUUGAAGAAUUGAGCCUGUAGUCCUUUCAUAGCUCCUCCGGAGCCAUCUGCACCAAAGUCUGCUGCUGCACAAGGUGUAUAUCCAAUUCUGAAAAGUGGGACUUUUUAAUUUAUUGCUCUGGACCCUUUUUUCCCUAUUUGUUUUUUGGAGUGUCUUCCAUGAACUUCUGAGACUCAUCUCUUUCCUACUAUUCUCUGGUGAUUUGUGUAACUUAGUUACACUUGGAUUCUGUGUGUCUCCAUGUUAUAUUAAUACAAAGUUUGUAGCCCUUUGGAAAGUCUGCUAUGUACUUGUUAGUAGCAGUGGACAAUCUUUUAAUUUGGAUUUAGGUACAAUUCACAUAUCCACUUUAUGGAGGCCUUUUCCACAUUCCAUCUCUUUUAAUGUUUUAUUAUAAGGGAGAGCUGGUGCCAAAUUUUUCCUUGAAAACUUUUCUCAACUUAUAUGAACACUAUGAGGGGAAGGGGAUGUGAUCUUUGUUGUCUUUACAUUAGCAUCAUUUCAGCCUGAAGUUAAAACUAACUUCCUAGCAAGCCCUGGUCUAAUAUCCCAUUGUCUGUCCACAUGUCAUGGUAUGGGCUGGUAAGGUAGCUAAAAAUGAAAUGUAUGAAGAGCAAGGUUGAUGUUGACUGAUCUUCAGGGGUCAUAUUUUUUCUCUGUUUGUCUAAUAACUGACAGCAUGUGUAAGCACCACUUAAAGGAAAUACUACAUAUGGUACCUACUUUGAAACACUUGUUCAUUGUAGCAAAGCCUUCUUGCCUCAAAACUUCUAGACCGAUCAGCCUGAGUAAAUGAAGUGAGCUAAGAAUUUUAAAGGUAAUUGUGAUAAAGUGAAACAUUGAGAGAACAAACUAUAAAUCCAGAGAUCAUUGGGCAGUCAUUCCAUAGUGACAAGGUGAUGACUGUUUUGAGGGACUGGAGAAACAAUAUUACUGCCAUUAGGAAUUCAGGUUAAGAUUGUUUUGCCUUACACUUAGUUAUCUGUACCUUGAAAUUUUUUCUCAUUUUCCUCUCUCCAGCAAGGUUUAUCUAUCAAUCUCAGGAUGAAUGCUUUUCCCAUUGCUUCCAUGACCAUCAAAAUAUAGUAAAUAAGGUGGAAGGCUGAGGUUUCCUUUUCCAAAGUUGUGUUCAAAUCCAGGUUGUCUUGUGAGCCCAGAGUGGGUUCUCAACAAAGCAGUGUAUAGUAAUUUUGAACUUAACCAGUUGACUUACAUACAGUAACCUUUUCAAAAGAAGGUAAGAAAAGAUAUAUUUUAUCUUGACUACAUUUGCUGAGAAUGCACUGCUAUUAGUUUUUUCAUUGAUAAAGUCUGUUUUGACAUGACAGAUAUUUCCCAAUAAAUACCUAACCCUCACUACAAACAAACAAAGUACAUUCCUCAAAGCAUGCUAUCCAGAACAGGAUAAACCUGAUAGCAAGAUUAUGUCAUAGCACACGAUAGUUUUCAUGUUUGUAGUUGUGAACAGAGCCAGUUAAACCUGAGUACUGAAUUAGAGGCUGUUAGAAAUAUUAGUUCUUGGUUUUCUUCAAAAAGUUGAGUUGGGCAUUAGCAUCCACAAUCAAUAAAUAAUAUGAUGCCUGGACUCAUUCAUUUACUGUCCUUUCAAUGAAGAAAGACUGUCCUAAGUUAACAGAAUCUUUUAAAUAUACUUAGUUGAAUGGUGUGAAUUCCUGCCUGUUGCAAUUUUUCCUUCUUGGAAUAUGAUGAGACAAUGAGCAAAAAAGUUUGUAGGAUAACAAAAUUUGAUGGAGUUUUCAGUGAUAAGAUGAGCAGAUUUUCAACAAAUGAGCACAUUUCAUGUCCAGAAGGUAGAUGUCUCUAGUAAAGAAUUUGAAGACAUUUUUGAUAGACUAAUAAAGUUGUUUUUACACACA